AUGGUAGGCGUGCCUGUUAAACGAGUAGCGGUCAUCGGUGCUGGGCCUGCGGGGGCCAUCGCGAUAGAUGCCCUGGCGCAAGAACAAGCAUUCGACAUCAUCCGUGUGUUUGAGCGCCGUGAAGGUCCAGGAGGCUGCUGGAUUGGCGACUCAUGCCCGCCUCCAACGCUCAGCGACUUUGCAUCGCUGGCGAAGAGAACAGCCGAUGCCCCCAUAGCUAUCCCUGAGAGACUGCCAGCGCAGGCUCCAAAGUGCGACCAGCCUCGUUUCUCGGAGUCGUCAGUGUAUCCUUACCUGGAGACGAAUAUCGACUUCCUGCCCAUGCAGUUCAACCAGGAACCCUUCCCCGAAGAACGCAGCGAGCUCUCCAUAUCACAACACGGCCCUGAGACCCCAUUCCGCAAGUGGGACGUCGUCCAGCGAUACAUCAGGAGUCUUGUAGAGCGCCGGGGAUACAGCGACUUUAUCUCUUAUAACACCACCGUCGAGCGGGUCGAGAAGGUUGGCGCAGAGUGGAAAGUCACCCUGCGAAGAGACGGAGAGAAGAGCGACUACUGGUGGACUGAAUGGUUUGAUGCUGUCGUCGUGGCCAGCGGACACUUCUGGGUGCCAUAUAUCCCCCCGGUCGAGGGUCUCGAGAGCUUCGAGAAGGCCAGGCCGGGCAGCGUAAUCCACAGCAAACACUUCAGGGGCAGAGAAGCCUUCGCCGACAAGCGAGUCGUGGUCGUGGGCGCAUCUGUUUCAGCAGCGGACAUCGCGUUCGAUCUGGUGGAAACGGCAAAGACCCCAGUCCAUGCAAUUACGAUCGGACAUAAAGCCAAUGGCUACUUUGGCGACGAGGCCUUCAAGCAUCCACAGAUACAGAACCAUCCGUCCAUAGAGCGGGUGUCAAACAGGACUGUAUACCUGGCCAACGGCACCUCCAUCGCGGACGUCGACUACAUCGUCUUCGGCACAGGCUACAGCUGGACGCUGCCGUUCUUACCAGACGUUCCAGUGCGCAACAACCGUGUCCCUGACCUGUACCAGCAUGUCGUCUGGCAAAGGGACCCGACCCUGCUGUUUAUCGGCGCCGUCGCGGCUGGUCUGACGUUCAAGGUCUUCGAGUGGCAGUCGGUGUUGGCUGCUCGGCUGCUUGCUGGACGAGCGACUCUACCGCCCGUCGAGGACAUGCAGGCAUGGGAAGCAGAACGUAUCAAGGCCCGCGGUGACGGCGUGAAGUUUACGCUCAUCUUCCCGGACUUUGAGGACUACUUUGAGACGAUACGACGUCUGGCCGGCGAAGGGGAGCAGGGUAAAGGGCGCAAGCUGCCCAAGUUCCGCCGCGAGUGGGUGAGGGCGUUUCUGGAUGGCCAUGAACGCCGCAAGGCGAUGUGGAAGAGGUUGAACUUGAGAUCCCGGGCGUCGAUGAAUGCGACGGCCAAGAGGGAAGUCUCGCGGCUUUGA